AUGGGGCUGGCGGACAAGCUCCCCACCGUGCAGCUGCCCGACCACCCUUCCCCGCGCCACCCGCCGCCAUCUGACCAUUCACCUGCCGCUUCCCCCUCCGCCAACCCGUCCCCCUCUUCCCUCCGCCCGGGCCUUGCGACCGGCCGUGGGGUGGGCAUCGUUCCGCUGCCCAAGUUCCCCUCGCGGCUGGACCGCACUCCCGGAGACGCGUCGGGCGCAAGCCGCCACAUCAACCGAACGCACUCCGCGCCGCCACAGGAGUUAUCGGACGUGUGCGUCGAGCGGCCCCUCGAGCCCCCCGCCGUGCCGUCCGUGCGCUCCCCCUCCUCCUCCUCCGUUCUCAAGCCGCCCGCGGGGGCGGCAUUUCGCGCGCGCAAGGACGGGGGGUCGGCGCGGCCCCAGCGGACGAGCUCGGGCGGCAACGCGGUGAUGCGCAUGGCGAAGAUUGUGAGCGCGCCGCAUGCGGGGAACGGGGGAAAGGAGAAAGGGAGGGCGGGAUGGGUGACUGUAGCGAAGGGAUGGGGACGAGAAUGGGGCAGCGGAAAUUGGCCAGCACGGGGGCGUGUGCUGAACGCCACGUGCAUGUGCAGCAGCGCGUUGUGCCUGCUCUCUGCCACCGCCCCAACCCAUCAACACCUUCCUCGUCUCCCCUCCCCCGCGCCUCUCUUCCUCGUCACACUCCCUCCCAAUCGUUCCGCUUCCCCUUGUGCGUCCUGUGUCGUGUGCUGUCCGUCUUCCCCCCAUCUCUCGCUGCACGCCCUCCUCACCCUCCUUGGCGCCCCCUCUCGCCCCUCCCGCGCGCCCCACCCCACCAGGCGGAGGACUACGACUCCACCAAGGCCUCUGCGCACCCGCCCGCCCCCCCUUCCCCCUCCGCCCUCGAUUCCCCCUCCGCCCACUCAACUGGCCGCGCCG